CCCCCCCCCGCGACGCCAUGUGGGCCCCCGGGAACCCGGCUCCAUCACCCCAGCUGCCAGGUGGCCCUGGCCUCAGUCCUGGCCAGGCGGAGAUUCUGCGGACAUUCAGGGAUUGGCUUCACCACUGAGCCCUGAGGCCUCUUCCAGCCACCACCCCCACAUCCCUAGCCUUCCUCGGCACCAUCAGUGCUCUUAUCCUAGCCUCAGCAAUGCUGCAUACCGAGGGCCACGCUCUUCUUCGGGCUGUGGGUCAGGGUAAACUACGCUUGGCCCGUUUGCUUCUGGAGGGAGGUGCCUACGUGAAUGAGGGUGAUGCCCAGGGGGAGACUGCGUUAAUGGCGGCUUGUCGGGCCCGCUACGAUGACCCCCAGAACAAGGCGCGCAUGGUACGCUACCUUCUGGAGCAAGGUGCAGACCCCAACAUCGCAGACCGCCUAGGGCGUACUGCGCUCAUGCACGCUUGCGCUGGGGGUGGAGGAGCCGCAGUGGCGUCGCUGCUCCUUGCCCACGGCGCAGACCCCUCAGUUCGAGACCACACGGGCGCCUCGGCGCUUGUCCACGCCCUGGACCGCGGGGAUCGCGAGACCCUUGCCACACUGCUGGACGCCUGUAAGGCCAAGGGCACGGAGGUCAUCAUCAUCACCACGGACACCUCGCCCUCAGGCACCAAGAAGACCCGGCAGUAUCUCAAUUCCCCACCGUCCCCGGGGGUGGAGGACCCCACUCCCUCUCCUCCUAGCCCUGGGGUCUGCACGUCGCCUUCGGAAAUCCAACUGCAGACUUCAGGAGGAGGCCAGGGUUUGUUAUCUCCUCGCACCCAGGAAGAAGAGGAGAAGCGGGACGUAUUUGAAUUCCCUCUUCCUAAGUCCCCUGAUGACCCUUCCCCUUCUGAUCCGCUCCCCAAACCACCCCGUCACCCUCCAAAACCACUCAAAAGGCUCAACUCCGAGCCCUGGGGCCUAGUGGCUCCUCCACCCGUUCCGCCCGCCGAAGGGAGGCUAGGGAUAGAGCGCCUGGCCACCGAUUUCAACGGCUUGACCCUAGGUGGUCGACCCCGUCUUUCCAGACGUCACAGCACCGAGGGCCCGGAGGACCCGCCCCCGUGGGCGGAGAAAGUGACGGGUGGGGGUCCCCUCUCACGCCGAAAUACCGCGCCAGAAGCUCAGGAGUCUGGUCUUCCGUCAGGGCUGAGGCAAAAACUGAGCCGCAUGGAGCCGGUGGAGCUCGAUGCCCCCGGAAAUCUUUGCCCUGAUUCGCCGGAGUGCUGCCGCCCAUCCUUGGAGCGCCGCCGAUACAGCGCCUCCCCGCUGACUCUUCCUCUGGCAGGUUCGGCUCCCUCCCCGCGCCAGUCCCAGGAAAGUCUGCCUGGGGCUGUGUCUCCCCUGAGUGGGAGAAGGCGGAGCCCGGGGCUGCUGGAGCGGAGGGGCUCGGGAACUUUACUCCUGGACCACAUCUCGCAAACGCGGCCGGGUUUCCUGCCUCCGCUCAACGUCAGCCCCCACCCUCCCAUCCCCGACAUUCGCCCCCAACCCGGAUGUCGGGCGCCCUCGCUGCCCGCUCCUCCCCAGGCGGGGACGCCAAGUUCUCCCAGGGCCAAGCGCAAACUGGUGAGGCGCCACUCCAUGCAGACGGAACAGAUCCGCCUGCUAGGGGGCUUCCAGAGUCUAGGCGGGUCGGGGGAGCCGGGGCGCUGAGAGGUGUGAGAGGAGCCAGGAGGGUGGGGAUCAGGACCUUGAUGGAACAAGUAGGAGAACCAGCUCACACACGUAACCAUAGGGGUCUUUUGCAUGUGCUCCUGGGCACGGUGCACGCACACAUGGGCAACCGUGUUCACAAACACAGUUACUCUUAUUUGCAGGGAAGGGUAAGUACUCUAUUGGGCAUAUAGACACAUGCAUUCAUGCCCUGGUCACUUCACAUGCAUAUGAGAAUUACUUGUGUACCUACCCACAGACACAGCACACACAGGACCACUUAUCCUGGGGCCCCAAUUGGGUCCCAAACUUACUUGCAUUUGUUCAGAAGUAGUAGGGAACCCUUCUUAUGGGUAGUCUCCAAUCUCCUUGCUCUCUGACAGAAGCAAUCCCUUCCUUUCCAUACAUGCCCUACAACACAGCCAUGAUUUCGCACACUCUACCCUCUCUGUGAAUAUUUCAUCUCAUUCUUCAUGUCUUGCUUCUUUCUCUAGGCCUGACUCCUUGUUCACACCCUGCUUCCAGUCCUAACCAUUGUUCAGUAUAUCUUCGCUCUCCUUGGGGGUUUUCUGCAGCAAUGCCUAGCCUCAUUUCUGCUGCUGCCCUUCCUGCUCUCAGCUUCUCAACUUUCUGCUUUUUAUUCCCACCCUGUUCCCCCGACCACCACAACAGAUUGUCACAUUUUCCCAGGGGGUGGGUCAGCUUAUGAACCGCCCCCCCCCAGCGUGGGUAAA